AUGUCCACACAAACUUUUAUGUCAAAUAACAACAUAAAUCCAUUCUCUUCAAUAAAUCAAAAUUGGUCACAUACAAACCAAAAGGAUAGUCGAAUAUCGACAAACAAUCACACAAGAGAAACUAGUUACUCAUCAUUACAAAUGUCAUCAUCAGUCGCUUACCAGGAAUAUGACGAUGAAGAUUUGAUAGUUGACCUCAACACAGGUUCGUUCACUCCCGUCAAUUUAAGAAGUUGGGCCCUUAUGACUGAAGUCACUGAUAAGUUAGGCAAACUAUAA